GAUUUGUUUACGUUGUGAUGUGAAUUACCGAUAUAUUUUCAAUUUAAUAUUAAAGGACUUUAUAGCUUGUGUACAGGUUGACCUGCAUUCUAUUUGUAUUAUGUCUGUGCUGUGUUUUGAUUUAUAAGUAAUUUUGAAAUUUAAAUAUUUCUGGCAAAAAUGAAUACAGUUGCUCUUCCAAUAACUAGUCCUGCUGCCAAAGAAUGGCUUUUGUCGAGAAAAGAAAAAAUUCGACCUUGGAGUCAAUUUUUAGAUGUGAAAAUGUUUCAUUUGCCGGCAUCUUUUCCAAAAUGUACAGCCAGAGUUGUCAAAAAUAUUGAAUACUUCCAAAGCAAUUACAUUAUAGUAUUUAUUGGGCUCAUUGUCUAUUGCAUUUUGACUUCUCCACUGCUUCUGAUAGCCAUUGCUGCUCUGUUAGGUUCCUGUUAUAUCAUUAAACUAAAGAAUGAGACCCGAGAAGUAUCUCUAUUUGGUCAAAAAUUGACUGUUGCUCAUCAAUACGCUCUUGUUUCAAUCUUUGCAUUUCCUUUGUUUUAUCUUGCUGGAGCAGGACAAGUAGUAUUUUGGAUAUUAGGAGCUUCCUUUUUCAUUAUCAUGCUUCAUGCUACAUUAUAUUCUAUUGAACAAAUGAGUAAAGAUGAAGACGACAUUGAUCUUCAUAUGGCUCCAGUUUAAUUUAUUCUUCAUAGUUUGCUUCAUCAGUUAAAAAAUUAGAACAACUUAUUUAUUAGGAAUUGUUUUUUGAAAUAUGAAAAUGUUCUGCAUCUUUGCAUGAUAUUGUAACCCUUCUUUCAGGGGCUUCAUUUUUCUUUAUUAUGCUUCAUGCCACUCUUUAUCAGUUACCUGUAAGCAGUGAAGAAGAAGAACUAACAGCAGUAUUGGAAAUUGUGUAAAAAGUCCUGUAUUAUUUUUAUCAUUUGCAUUUAUUUAUAUAAAAAUCUAUGUGAAACAUUUUAUGUGUGAAACCAAUUAUUUUUUGGGUUUUUUUAGCAUAUUUUAUUUUUUACUUCUUGAAAUUUGUUAUUGCAUCCUCAAAAUAUUUAUGGCUUUGCUGUGUAUAAUCAAAAUAAAGUUGGUGCAUGUAGUUUUCAUUGGACCUUGUAAUUUUCUGAUAUAUUGCUGUAUUUAAAUUCAUGAGAAACAAAUUAAUAAAAGGAAUAAUCAUAA